GCCGGCAGCGAUCCGCGGGGGCAGGGUGUGAGGCGGGGUCGCCGCGGCGGGGCGGAGCCCGGGAAGAACGGCGGAGCCGUCGCUGCUGUGGCCGAGCGGGGAGAGCUGCAGUCGGAGCUCCCGCAGAGACCUCCGGCUGCGGGGCCCGGGCGCAGUGCCGCGGGGCCGCCAUGGCGCUGGGCCCCCGCCCUGCAGGCAGUGAAGCAAAGCUGGAGUAUGACCAGUGUCCAGAAAAACAGUAGAACUCCCUGCUCAGCACCCGGCUUGUGCCCUCUGUGUGUCGGCAGGUGCCAGAUGCAGCAGCAGACAGUGGUGGCUCUCAGCUUUAUUGACAAGGUGACUGUAGUGCCAUCGCCCAUGAAGCAGCAGGCUGACGGAUCUCCUCCUCCUCCUCUUGGUUGGUGGAACAUACACUACUUGGUGCUUAUCAACAUGUCAGACACCAGUGAGUGACUGUGCCCCAGCUGGAAGGUGUGUUAAGAACUGGUUGGUCUUGAGGGGACGCUGCCUGGCUAUGAGAUACUGAGGAGGAAGAAGGGCAUCGUGCUUGGCCACUCACCUUGCUCCUUUGCCUGUGCAUGAUGGAGACCAAGGAAGAGAAGAAGGAAAGAAGACAAGGCUAUUUUGCUCGUUUGAAAAAGAGAAGGCAAGCCAAACCAAACCCUGAGACCGUCUCUGCCAAUUCCCCUGGCUCUCCUAUUUCCAAACUAUCUCCUGAGAAAGAUGAGGAAAGGAAAGUUAUUUUGGAGCAAAUCAGUUCCUCAGAAGACACCUGUAAAUGUGCUGGGGAAAAGGAAACUGCUCCAGACAAAGAGAAGAAAAAGAAGAAAUACAAUCAGCUGAAAGACAUCAGACGCACAGAACUCAAGAGAUAUUACACUACUGAUGACAAUCAAAACAAAACCAAUGAAAAGAAAGAGAAGAAAAUGGUUUCUCAGAAACCCCAUGGUACCAUAGAAUACACUGCUGGGAAUCAGGACACCAUAAACAGCAUAGCACUAAAGUUUAACAUCACCCCAAACAAGCUGGUGGAGCUCAAUAAACUUUUCACACAGACGAUUGUGCCAGGCCAGAUUCUCUUUGUGCCAGAAACGAGUGCUGCGAGGCUGUCGUCUUUCAGUCCUGGUGCUCCUGUCUCUCCUUCGUCGUCCGACGCCGAGUACGACAAACUGCCUGAUGCUGAUUUGGCAAGAAAGGCUUUCAAACCCAUUGAGAGAGUCCUGUCCUCCACUUCAGAAGAGGAUGAGCCUGUGGUGGUCAAGUUUCUGAAGAUGAAUUGUCGUUACUUCACAGAUGGCAAGGGUGUUGUUGGAGGAGUCAUGAUAGUAACUCCAAACAAUAUCAUGUUUGACCCACACAAAUCUGAUCCUCUGGUGAUUGAGAAUGGCUGUGAAGAAUAUGGGCUCAUAUGCCCCAUGGAGGAGGUUGUCUCAAUAGCUCUCUACAAUGACAUCUCUCACAUGAAGAUCAAAGAUGCUUUGCCAUCUGACAUACCAAAGGAUCUUUGUCCUCUGUACAGGCCAGGAGAAUGGGAAGACCUCUCCUCUGAGAAAGAUCUCAAUCCUUUCAGCAAAUUCAAAUCCCUUAGCAAGGAAAAGAGGCAACUGAAUGGAGAUCCAUCCAUUGCUCUGGGUGCCAAACAGGUAAAGCCUUCAGAUGAGGAAAAGUCUGCUGAUUUUGAAGUUCUUCAGUCAUCUGAGAGUGCAGAGUCAGUCAAAUCCAAGUCUCUGGAGUUUCCCAACAACAUCACUGCCACAGAAUGUUUGGAAAAGUUUGCUGCAGAUCCAUGUGCCAAGGAGCCUCCUUCUGGGGAAAAAACCACUUCAGAAAUCGAAACCAAAGAAAAAUCUCUCUUAAAAGAAGGAGAGGAUGACUGCACUGAGCUGGAAAAGACAUCCCCUCGUGUGGACAGAGGGUUGGACAGGAAAGUCUUGGUAAUGGAAGGCUUGCUGGCUGACCCCAGGGAGCUGGGGAGAACUAAGCAGCAGGCAACCAAAUCCACUACAGAAGUCCUGCAGCACUUGACAGUUGAUUCCUUGGAAAAAAAGGACAGUGUUGAACCUAAAGCUGACUUAGACUUAGAGCUGUGUGAAAAGCAAGAUGUUAUUCCAGAAGUAAACAAAUGUGUCAGUUCCCCUACAGGUAAGGUGGAGACUGCAUUGGACACUAAGAAAGAGCUAGAGAAAGAUAAACUUAUUGAAUUUUACCUCAAUAAAGAUGGGAAUGGGUCUCAGUCAUCUGAAGACUUACACAAGGCUGAAAUCCAGAAAGGUGACAACAAUAAAGCAGUUGGCAUAGACCUUACACUUAGCUGUUCAAAGUCCCAAGCUAACGAAGUCCAUACAGUUAAAAGUAUGGAGCUUGCUUCUUGCUGUGUGGAAAGGAAAGCACCUUCAUUAGGAAUCAGCUCAGCAGCAGCAGAGGAGAAGGAGCUGGAAGAGUCUGUGGACUCUUCAUUAGCACCAGCUGUAGACAAGACCUGUCAAGAAACGCAGUUAGAGAAUCAAUCAGAGAUCAGACUGUGGCUGCUGCAGAAAAUUCAAGUGCCAAUUGAAGAUAUGCUUCCUUCAAAAGAGGAAAAGAGCAAGACUCCUCCAAUGUUUCUGUGCAUUAAAGUAGGGAAGCCCAUGAGAAAGUCCUUUGUGUCUCAGAGCACCUCCAUGUCUCAGCAGUACAGUAAAAAAAUAAAGCAGCCAGAGUAUUGGUUUGCUGUUCCUCGAGAAAGGGUGGAUCACCUGUACACGUUUUUUGUUCAGUGGUCACCAGAAAUCUAUGGGAAAGAUGCCAAAGAGCAAGGUUUUGUGGUGGUGGAAAAGGAGGAGCUUGACAUGAUAGACAACUUCUUCAGUGAGCCCACAACCAAAAGCUGGGAGAUCAUCACUGUAGAAGAGGCCAAACGGCGGAAGAGCGUCUGCAGUUACUAUGAAGAGGAAGAUGAUGAUGCUUUGCCUGUCUUGAAGCAUCACAGUGCUCUCCUGGAGAAUAUGCACAUAGAACAGCUGGCCCGGCGCCUGCCCGCACGCGUGCAGGGGUACCCCUGGCGCCUGGCAUACAGCACCCUGGAGCACGGCACCAGCCUCAAGACGCUGUACCGCAAGUCGGCAUCGCUCGACAGCCCUGUCCUCCUGGUCAUCAAGGACAUGGACAACCAGAUAUUUGGAGCAUAUGCUACACAUCCCUUCAGGUUUAGUGACCAUUACUAUGGCACUGGUGAAACAUUCCUCUACACAUUCAGCCCAAAUUUCAAGGUAUUCAAGUGGAGUGGAGAGAACACCUACUUCAUCAACGGAGACACCAGCUCUCUGGAGCUCGGAGGUGGAGGUGGCAGGUUUGGCUUAUGGUUAGACGCAGAUCUGUAUCACGGGCGAAGCAACUCCUGCAGCACCUUCAAUAAUGACAUCUUAUCUAAGAAAGAAGAUUUCAUAAUACAGGAUGUGGAAGUAUGGACAUUUGAAUGAAACACUGACUGCCUUAAGGACUGGAUCCAUUGGGCACUUAAAAGCUAACUGGAAGGUGCAGGCUGCCUCACAACCUUACACGCUUCUUCCUCAAGUUUGUACCAGAGCAUGACUCCACCAAGCAACCUAAGGAGAAAGAGGGAGCUGGUUCUGAGAGGCAGUAAGAGACAGAACAGCAAGAGAUCAGCCUGAAGUGUUUUUUACUUCCUCUUCCAACACUUCUCCAUCAAAGAUACGAUGCUUAUGAAAACAUUUCAUGGUGUGUAAGUUGAAAACUUCUUUUCUGUAACUGUGAAAGAGGUCCUGUGGGAAAACUCUGGCUAGUACAUUCCAUCUGCAUUUACCUUCAACCUACAAAUGCUAACCAAAAAAAAAGAAGAGCUUACUUUAUACCAAAAUCUGCAGCAUACUGUUUGCCAUGGAAGAGAGUCAGAAGCAGGUGUGCACAGCACUUAAGGGAACAUGUUUUUAAUUCUUCUUUUGUUUUAAUUUAUUGUUGUUGUAUAGCAGGGUUGGGAUUUGAGGGUUUUUUUUUUGGUCUAAAUGUAUUUAGCUGCGAGGAUUUGGUUUGUUUCUUUUUAAUGUUUCAAAUCAGUUGGAUAAUGACUGUUCAGGUAGGUCUCUUGUGCAGUUGGCAUUUAUUCCAAAUCAGUUUCUUUUCAUUUCUUAAGUUAAUUUAUAUUUAUAUAUAUAUAUAUAUGUGUGUGUGUUUUAUUUUGUAAAUGAGAUCUUGAGUUUCAUUUUUGCCCCUAAUCCAAAGGGUUUGUUUUCUGGCAGAAACACUUGAGUGCAUAAUUCUGGUUUGGGUUUUUUGGCUGUUUUUUCCCCUGAACUGAAAGAGAAGGUAUCCAGAUAGUGCUUCUCUUGAACUCUGGUGCCACAUUCCUGUUCCCAGAGGAUUGUUUUUGGCAGGGUGUGGAUAGGUUGGGCAAAGUGCCACCUGCUAUAGACUGCAUCAGCUCUGUUGCAGUCAGAGUUGGGGCAGCAUGCUCUGAGUAUCUGCCCCUAGUGUUAUUGGGCUGUUCACAAAGGGACGUUUCUGAGAGGGUUGUUGUUCUCUAGCACUACCAAAUGAUUCAAAGUAAGCCACCCACUGUGCUUUUAUGGGCACUUCUCCACCAGUUAAAGAGUAUUUGCUUUGUUAAGGAGAAAACACAACUGAGAUAGAGAGAAGAAUGCCAUUUCCCCAACAGGCCAGGUCAUGUUAGUGGAAUAAUUGCUUUCUUAGUAAUCAUAUAUAUGAUUUCCUUCCUCAACAAGACUUGAAGGAGCAGGCUGGGUUAGGAUUUGACAGGCAACUCAAUAUUCUUUGGUUUUCAUGAAAUAAUCAGAUAUUGCACACACACAAACAAUGCUGAAGAGAAAAGGGCUUCAUGUCACAGCAUCUCACUGUUUUGGUCAACAGAGUGUGACAGAGGGCUGGCAGUCUCACUGCUCGCUACAGAAUUCUGCCUUCCUGUGAAGCUGGGCGUUUGUUUACACUAUCCAGAGCCAACCAGCCUUAGCCUGCUGUCCUGCCCUUGGCCUCAAACCUCUCACUGUCCUGAGAAAGGCAGGGUUUAGAAAUGGUGGAGUGCUUCCAUGCUUUAAACCAGUACAGUCUAAUUUGGGAACCUUAUUAACCGAGUAACCCAACUCCAUUUAGUUUCUGCUCUGCCCUUGUUCAAUAGAUUAAAGCCCAAACAACCAAAAGCCAAGUGGUUCUCUUUCAAAAGCACUACUGCAUCUUAGCCCUGCACAGAAAUUGCACAGUCUGACAACCAAUGCUAUAUCCAGCCAGCCUGUACCACGCUGCACGUGAGCUUUAUCACACUUCCCCUCCACAUGGUCUACUCCAGCCAGAAGCGAAGUUCUUACUGGUAACGCUGUGAAACGUUUGGGCAGUUGCUAGCAGCAGAAUGCUUCAAAGAGACCAGGGAAAGCUGAUGCUGUUUGCUCCUUCAACUGGUGGCAGAUCACUUCCAAAAGAAUCCCUGAUCCAACCAAGUUUCAGCAUUUGCCAUACAUUUCACUCUUGCUACUGAACAGUUUACUCCAUGAUGUUAGCCUUGUCAGAGCAUAUCUAAACGCUGUGGUCUGUAUUCCAAACAGUGGUGUUCAAUCCAAACUCUGUGACCCUUGAAACGAUGGAUAUUUAAUAGAUGUAAUGCAGUGCUAUCACCAUAUUUUCAAUAAAGGAAUUUAUGCAUUCAGAA